UUGCUCGAUAUUCAAGAAUUCGAGGAUACGGAGGCGUAUGCUUACCGAUAUUUGACUCUGGAGUUCUUCAGCACAGUCGCCAAGCACGAAAAUAGGAAGUACCUCACGGCUCGACUUAAGGGCACGGAAUAUAAAAUCACCGACAAGGUGUUGCGCGACAUCUACAACUUCGAUCCCUCCAUCAAGUCACGCCACAGCCCCAUGGGAUUCAAAGUUGAUCCACGUUGGGCAGUCAUCUCCCCUUGCGAGACAUAUAAGAAAUCGGGGUCGUCUUCGGGCCUAAUCAGCGACUUGGCGCAUGUGGUGAUCCACAAGUACAUAUCACAGAUGAUCUUCGACAAGAAGGAAUCAAACAAGGUGAGCAAGCAGCAGGUGUUCAUCUUGUGGUCGGUUUCUCACGACAAGCCGGUGACUAUGCUACAAUACCUGAAGGACACCCUGUUUGACAUACACAACGAAACAAGGCGUGGUCUGAACUUUGGCCAUGUGGUGUCCAAGCUAGCACAGUACUUUGGGGUUGAGACCGACGAACCCCCAAUUCGUGCCAAACCGAUUUCACAGAAGGACCUCUGGCAUGCCGGCUACCUGAUCAACCCACACACCCCGAAGCCCGUCACUAAGCGGGCCAGCUACAAGGCCUAUUGUGAGAAAAUAGGUAUAUCGUUUCCAAAAGACGAGUCCCAACCGGAAGCCGGUAUGUCAGGUGGUCCAGCCAGUGAGAACCCUAAUGAUGAGGACGAGGACGAGCUCGACGCCGACAGACAUCCCACCCACGAGACCUUUCAGCCUCCUCCAUUGAUAAAAGCGCACACGGGUGCGUCUUACCAGUCAGCUGCUCUGGUUUGGUUCUCCGAGUAUGAGGCUUGGAAUGAGGCCCGUUGGACGACCUUCACUCAGCAGAACGACGCGCGUUGGACGUCGUUCGUGGAGUCCAACGAUGCACGUUGGACGGAGCAGACCAGGAGGUGGAACGAGUUUGUUUAG